CUUAACCAUUUUCUAUUUUAGGAACUCGGACACUUAUACUUAGCCAUCUCAAGGUUAUUUUUGCCAUGAUAUGCCUAAUUUUAGGUUAGUUUUCUAAAAUUACAUCAAGGUGCAAUUUUUAAGUUCUCUUACCUUUAAACUGUUUUGUUUGUGCACCAGUUCAAUGAAAUUCCAACAAGUUAGCAGAUGAACAAUGAUUUCCUUAGGAGACCCCAUUGCUUCUAACGCCGUAUUAGCUGCUCUUCAAAUCGGAGAAGAAGACAACAUUAUAGCAAUCAAAGAAACUCCCAAUGCCGACUCGAACUUCGUAAUAACACACUUAAUAAAAAAAAUAAUUUACGAGAAGAAACGAUUGUGUUUAGUAAAUUUUCAUAACACACUCGAUCACUAUCAAAAUAUAGGAAAAAAAUUAGGUUACGAUUUACUCAAAGGAGUUGACGAAGGAAUAGUGAAAAUCAUACAACCAAUAAGAGAUUUACUAGAGAAUAUAGACCAAGAAGAUAAGUAUUUACAAGAAAAUACGGAAAAUAUUGUGAAGCAACUAUACUUAGAUAUAAAAGAUAGUUUAAGAGUGUUAAAAGAAAACAACAAAUCCGUUUACUUAAUAAUAGAUGAUCUGAGUCAUCUGCACGAUUUGGGUGUUAACAUCAACGAAACUUUAACAUUUUUACAUUAUUGUAUGAAUUUUAUAGACGAUAACGAUGUAUCUGUAGUUUUUAACAAUCACGUUUCCUCGAAGUUGGAUGAAAUCAUCUCUAAUGACUUGGAGUAUGUAGCUGAUGUUCACGUUGAAGUAUCUUCGUUGAAAACUGGUAUGUCUCAGGACGUUACUGGUUUGCUAACUAUAAAGAGAAAAUCAGAUGUUAAGCAGUAUCAUUACAAAGCUUUCGAUAGAGGGAUUAAGACCUUUCAUCCUGGAGAAUCGAUUUACCAUUUGUACAAUUGAUCAUCGACAGUAACGUUCCAAAUAGAGAAUACGAAUUUACUGCUGUACAAGCCUACUACCAAUCCAUCAUAUUAUACCCAAAUAAUUCCGAAAAACAUUUAGAAGCAUUCUCUAAUUUAUUUAAUGACGCUCAUCCAACUCCAGGUGGAUGGAAAGUAUCUGAAGGAUGUUCUGGAUUCUUUAAUCCUACCGGAGAAUAUUUUGUUGUUAUGAAUAUUACCGAUAAUACCG